AUGCGGCUUCCUUCAGAGAUUUUCUGUACAGUUCUGCUUUUAAUUUUUGCGAGGAACUCAAAGGCAGAUAUUCCAGACUGCAACUAUUUCGACACGGUUGAUAUUUCAAACGUUGAAAGACAAAACGAUUCGUAUUUGUACGAUGACAUCCCAAUUCCUGCCAACCUCACUGGAGACUACGAAUACAAGAUGGUUGCCCGAUUACCUAAACCGGCUAAAAAGCAUUUAAGGGCCUGCGUUUGCAAACUGCGGCCUUGCAUUCGAAUCUGCUGCCCAGCCAAGUACACUUUGGCCAACGGAAAGUGCGGUGAUGGUCUCCAGGAGGAGCUCGCCCGGUUAGAAUCCUAUAUUUACCUCACAUCAGCCACGAACCUAUCGACGAAGACACGAGUACCAUUAACCGAGAUGGCUAUUAUCAGAGAUCAGUUCUUAGCUUGUGAUGAAAUGGAGCACGUCACGGAUGAGUUUACCUACGUAGAGGAUGGAUCGCUAUAUAUCUCCGAUGCCUGGAACUUGGAAAAACAAGACUACUGCCUGUAUCCGUAUCAGUUUAAUUCGGACUUUCCAAACUCCAUGUGGAUAGUGGUGCACAACUGCAGAGCUAGAAUUCUUCCUGGAUACUUGGAAAUCCUUACCAUAUCACUGAUAUGCUUUAUUCUGACAAUCGCCGUAUAUCUAUACAUAGAGAAGCUGCGCAAUGUGACUGGCAAGUGCAUUAUAUGCUGCAUGAUUUCACUCUCUCUCCGGUAUUUGAUCUUUAUACUAGAUGAUAUGAAGGUAUUGAACAGUAUCUGCUCUUUAGCUGGUUACAGCUCGUACUUUUUCUGGAUGGCGUCCAGCAUCUGGUUCUCCGUCAUCAGCUAUCAAUUAUGGAAACUCUUGACGUCGGUCAAUCGAGCCGAAUCUACUUAUAGGUUCCAGCUGUACAGCGCCUUCGUCUGGACUAUAGCCGCCGUCAUGACAGGAAGUAUUUAUAUGGUUAAUCUGAUGUGGGAAAACGAUCUCAAUAAGUGGAACUGGUUGCCUAUGGUCGGUUUCACUUGUUGCGGGGUCAAAGCUUGGAACUCAUCCUCCUGGAUCUACUCAUCCGGGCCGUUGCUGGUCCUAAGCACUUUCAAUAUCGCCAUGUUCACCCUGACUGUCAUUUACAUACGGAAAGUAAAGAGGGAAAUAAAGAAGUUCGCACAUGAGGAGGAGGGAAGGAUGGGCUGCAUCAACUUCGACAGCCAGACCUACCUGCAGUUUCUGCGACUCUCCGUCGUGAUGGGCCUGACUUGGAUCGUAUAUGUCAUUCCGGUUUCUUCGUGGUUCGGCAUCGUCUGGGAUCAGAUCUUGGUGAUAACCUACUAUUAUCACUGCGCGUUUGGAAUAGUCAUUUUCAUUCUGCUUGUGCUGAAGCGCAGUACGUUAACUUUACUAAUAAAGUCUUAA